AAGAUUGCUCAGCAAACGAUGUUGGCAAACAAAGUCAUAAUUAACUCUUUGAUCGAAAUUAGAUAUUUUAAUCAAGAUGUGAACAAAAUCUCCAUGCUGUUUUGUCACGAUUGCAAUGGAUGGUAAACCUUCAUUGACUUGGGAGGAGCUGCCUUGUGGAAUAUGAAAGGAGGAGAGGAGACCCCAUUUAAAAUUCCCGAGUAUUCUUAAAACCACCUUCAUCACACAACAUUAACACCCUAUUUAUGACUGCUAAACCGAUCACAAAACCUCAGAGAAGAUUAAGAUAUGACAGAAGAAAACAAAGUGGUGCUUUAUGGAUACUGGGCUUGUCCUUUUGUAAAGAGGGUCGAACUCACCCUUAAAAUCAAAGGCAUCCCUUUUGACUAUGUAGAAGAAGAUUUCCUGAACAAAAGUCCGGAGCUUCUCAAAUUGAAUCCUGUUUAUAGGAAAGUUCCUGUACUCGUCCACAAUGGAAGAUCCAUUUGCGAAUCAGCUAUAAUUUCUGAGUACAUAGAAGAAGUUUGGAACAACAAUGGCCCUUCUCUUCUACCUCAAGAUCCCUACAAACGAUCCCAGAUACGAUUCUGGGCUGAUUUCGCUCAGAAUCAGUUGUUUGAUGGUCUACUUUUAGCAAUGAAGACAGAAGGGGAAGCACAAGAGAAAGCCAUAAAAGAAGUGAAAGAGAAGCUGAAAGUUGUUGAAGAACAGGGGUUGAAGAGUUUGUUGGGAGAGGGAAGUUCAUUUGUGAAUGGAGAUGAACUUGGAUAUUUAGACAUAGGGAUGUUGACAAUUCUUGGAAGGUACAAGAUUUAUGAAGAGUUUUUUGGUAUGAAAAUUAUGGAAGAAGAGGAGAUCCCAAUUGUAUUCUCGUGGUUGAAUAGAUUGAUAGAGCACCCUAUUGCAAAGGAGGGAGCUCCUCCCAAGGAAAAGGUUCUGGGGCUUCUUCACAUCACUAGGCAAAGAUUUCUACAAUCCCCUGUUGCUACUUAAUGCUACAACUCUAUCUGUCCCUUCACAUCAAAAUGUCUCGUCUCUAAUGUUGUAUGUGUAUUUCACUCUAUGGUCUUCAAUGAUAAUAUCUAAUAUGUUUUGCUUA